AUGCCCGCCUUGGAUGCGCGCACGCAGCCUCCCGAAAGGAAGCGCCGCCCGCCAGAUGCUUCGCGCCGCGCUGCGCGCAUGCGCACCACAGGAGCCGCGCUCGUUCGGGAGUGUGCGGGAGGAGAGCGCCGCCCGCCCUCGAGCCGCCUAACGGCAACCAGAGGAAACAGGAAUACUGUGCAAUUACACGGCCACGAAGUGCGCGCGCGGGCUGUCGCCCGUCGGCGGCGUGACAGCGGGAGAGCUGGGCCGCUGCACGCGCAGCGACGCUGCGCAGCGGCGUCUGCGCUCAGCUCCGCGCGCAGCAACUGCCCUGUCGUCGCGGCGCAGCAACGCGACUUGACGCCUCGAAACAAUGAGAGGGCUGCGGUGCAAAGCGGCGGCGGUGACGAGCGUGGUUGUGUUUCUUCACGGAAUAUUACUACUUUGGGACUUACAGUUAGCCCACCCGGGAGGGCGAGGCGGCCGCUGAGUGCUGUUUUCGUGGGUUCGUGGGAUAUGUUCGUGGAUUUUCGUAAUUAUGGAGAAGAUUUUAUGGCAACUCAUGGAGAUUGA